AGAAAACAGAAAAUUGAGGAGGAAGGGCGUGAGUGGAUGCAUCAUGGAGGGCAGAGCCUUGGGCAAAGCUUGGCCGUCCGCCUGUGUGCUGCAGACCUGGCUCUCUUCGACGGAUACCGAUGGACCACACGCCUCAGCCCAAGGACCCACGCCCCAUCUCGUAAGGACAAUGCAAUGCACAUAGGUUGACACAUCUGUCCCUCUCUCUAUUGCCGUUUCUUCCCUGCAGUGGUGAGGGCUGAGGCAGCGAUAGGCCGCUUUAUUAUUCAGGAGGCCUAUCAGCUGGCGCUGCCCAAAGGCUUUGUCGUCCUCCAUCGCAACAGCAGCCCGCUCAAUGCAUGCCUCUCGAACCUGGAAAUCGGCACACUUCAGCUCAUGGCGACUUACGCCCUGCUCGACAGACGGAAGAGCUCAAGGCGAGACCACCAGGCCGAGUUCUUCCGCAUCCAAUCUGAGCUCAACACGCUGCUCGAAGCGGCCGGCUGGGGCAGCUACGUCAGGCAGCAUCCUCUCUAUCCCUCUGCUGCCGACGGUCGCCCUCAUUGUUUCAUGCCCCACCGCUAUCAUGGGUUCAGCCGUCAUGGAUGGCCGCCGUGGCCCAUCUGUGUGAGUCCGCAGCAUGCAUGGGUGGAGAAGUGGGUGUCGUGGUGCCUCAAGAACGAGGAGGGGCGGUUCAGGGUGAAGGGGGACCUCAGCCUCAGUCGCAUGAUCAUGCAGCGGAUGAUCGAUGGGCCUAUUCCAAAGUGCAUUUCCAUCGGCGGGAGGGAGGAGAAGAUCGUGGUUGAUCACAUUAACGGUGACCCUCUGGACAACAGACGCAGCAACCUGCGGCUUGCGACAUCGCAGCUCAACUCUCUCUAUGCAAGACGGCCACCUGCAGGGAAAAGACGGCCGUCUGGGGGUGGCCGUCUUGCAGACCCGAGGGACGAUCAAGGCAGAGCGAUUGGUGGUGGAGCCGAAGGGAUCGCCCGGCCGGUGUACGCCGUCGUGGACACAGCAGAAGACCACCACACUCAUGACAGCUGCAAUGAUAACAAUGACGGUGCUGCCCUGUCUUGCCGUGAUGUGGAUGGCUCUCUGCCAGUGGGCAUCCGCUACUCCGAAGAGCGGGAGAAGAAAUACUGCGCCGCCCUGACAAUCAAGGGCAGAAGAGUUCUCAAUCGGUGCUACCCCUCUUACGAGCUCGCGGAAGCUGCUCUCAGGCAGGUCAAGAGCGCGGCUAUUGGGCGACUGGAGGAGCGUUUCAGGCGUGCGCUGGUGGAGGCUGGGUGGGGGCAUCUUGUGCAGUGGACUUAUGCUGAUCGAGAAGGGAAUGGGAAAUGUUGAUGUGUUGAUGUGGAUGUGGGCGCUUGUGUAGAUAGAUGAACAAACUGAAUGCGCUCUUGUGUGUGAGUGUGAGAGUGUGUGUGGCAUGAGGGAAGGGAUUCGGUGAUCGGAU